AGGUGGCGUUAGUAGGCAGUAGUGGGUCAGGCUUGUGGCUGAAGGGCCGUGUUCGUGCUGUUCUCUCAAAUCAGUGUUUUAUUGAAGUCUACAAUGCUAAAGAAAUUCCGUAAAAACUUGUGAGCUUAGCUGCUCUGAGUUACGCAGUGAAUUGAAAGUCUCAUAGAAUAUUCAUUUCAUUCUAGAUAAUACAACAGCCUCAACAUUGGGCUUCACCGUCAUGACCAGGAGAAUGUGCAAACCAAAAAAUACAAAGUUCCCAGCAUAGUCGUUCAAAACGGACCUAGCUCACCAGCAAUGGAAAGGUCCGCGCAUCCUCAGCGGACUCUUUCCAAGCAGACCGAAGUGGAUGAGGAGGAAGAAAUUGAGACUGUUGCUCCAGCAAAGGAGAAAAAUAACGAAGCGAAGCCACCUGAUCCAACUCAGUCUAUCACCAAUAACAACAGCAUAGGGCUUGGCCACAAAUCCAGGUCACAAUCGAAAGUGAAGCUUCUGGUUCGAAGCCAUGCAGUAUGCAGUCCACCCCCCGAUCUGGCCACCCCUCCCCCCUCGCCGCCCCCGCCGCCAACGCCAACAAACAACAAUGAUAUUAAUAAUAUAAAUAGUAAUAAUAACAGUAGUAGCAAUAGUUUAACUGUGACGAGACACAAGCUUCGUCGCGAUGGAUCGUCACAGGGAAGUGUUGAAAGCAAUAGUUGGUCUCCAUCCAACUCUAGAGGUAGCAGUACGGAGCAAUAUACUGACAGUACCCGGGGUUGACCUGGAGCAGUUCAUAGCCGAAACAUUGAAUCGCAAUCAAAAGGAUAGAAUCCUCUUAUUGAAGAUAGAACAUGAACUUGUCACCCUUGCCAAAGAUACUAAGAGAACUGUGCACAAGUUUCCACCGAUGUCUUCUUACCAGAGAAUGCUGGUUCAUCGAGCUGCCGCUUAUUUUGGCAUGGAGCAUAACCUCGACCCGGCAGGACAUUCAGUUAUAGUCAACACAACGAAAGCGACACGAAUACCUGAUUCUCGAUUCAAACAGCAUUUACGGGAGGACUUAUUGUUCCCAGAAGAACCAAGAAAAUCAAUUUUGAAACGUGAUUCUGCAUCUUUUGAAGAGACUGGCAGCUUUAAGUCUGUGGAAAACGGAGAUCCUAGACGGAGUAAAAGUUUUGAAGAAAGAGAAGAAGAGUAUGAGAAAGUGCGAAGACGAAUCUUCAAUCGAAAUGAAGAAUCCGGCUCUUUCGAAGAAUUGGGCUCUUAUCAGGAUGCAAGUUGGGUUAGUCCGGAUUCUGAAAACGUGAGCUCGCGCCAACGGACAAAUUGCUCAGAAAGGCCUUCGGCAAGACUGCUCAAAGUAGAAUCAUACGAGUCUCGUGAUGCUCUCAGAGCUAAUAGUUUGAGGCAAACUGUUUCCAAAUCUUACAGCUUUGGGGGAUACGAUCAGUCGCAGCCCACUACCAGAAUACUAACAAAGACAGAUUCUGGCAGUAGUAUGUCAUCCAGGUUGAGUCCCUCGAGUUCAGGCUACAAAUCGCAAUCUCAGCGUUCAGAUACAACAACCACUACUAGUGCCACACCUUCCCCUACUGCCACUCCUCAUCCACAUCUCAAUCAGAUGUCUAGUCAGAGUGGCGAAGGUGUGCUUUCACCAGAUGUGGAACAUAUAGACCGCAGCAACGAUUCGACGGCAACUGUAGUCUGGGCAGUCACCAACAUAACAGCUGUUCCAGCGGGCUCGGUGCUCAUCAAUCCUCAAACAGGCCUGCCCUAUACCAAUGCCGAUGGAUCCCUCUACCAUUACGAUCCAGACAAUCCUCCCCGAGUGAUAGACUCCUCCCUUGUCACUUCCCCUCCGACUCACAACAAUAAUAUUGUCGAUAGUAAUAAUACUGAUAGUAAUAAGAUUGCUGAAAACGCUAAUAAUAGUUGUAGUACUAGUGAUAGUGCACAGAUAGUGCAAGAGGCAGCGCCUCCACAGAAGCCCACCUCGCCUCCUCCUCCUCCAACAGUCACUUCUUCUGCUACUUCUCCAAUUCCUCCUCCUGAAGCUACUUCUCGUCCGCCUUCUCCUCCUGAAGCUCCUCCACAAGAGGCUCCUCCUAAAGAUGCUCCUAAGCAAGAAGCUCCUCCAAAAGAGGCUCCUCCUCAGAAAGCUCUUCCUCAAGAGAAGCCUGCUCCUAAACCUCAGCCUGCCGCAGCUUCGAAGCCGUCUCCAACUAAGCAAUCUCCUAUCAAACAUCAGCCACCGCGUAGGCAAGAUUCGGUCUCUUCAACUAGUCACCAUGCGAACAAUUCACACCCACCUCAUAGCAAUUCUAGUCAGAAUACGAAUGGCUUCAGAGAAUCUGAUAAAUACGUCCAUCAUCCAGUUACGUCCACUACUCAUUACGGUCACCAACCACAGCAUGGUUCUCCAUUACCUCAUCAUGGGCAUCAUUACCCAAUGGCAGCGCCUGGUCCCAUGUACCCAACCUACCCUCCAGGGACCUACAACAUAGUUCUGCAGCCGCCAUGCCCCAACCAGCAACCUCCCGGUCUCAUGUAUACCUCCACCCAUCAGCCUGUUCCUCCCUACGAUCAUAUGUCUCCAGAGAUGACUGACUUAUCUGGUUAUAUGAUGGGUGUCAACAUGGAUGGAUCUCGUAAUACAGCAACACAUAAUGCUGAUAAUAGGGCGGGUCCAGCCAUCUACUGGUCUUACCCUCAAAUGCCUCAGGGACAGAAUAAGUCAGUACCCUUGUACUAUGCUCCCGCUUCUAGUCAAGUAGCGCCACCUCGGUUUAAUCAGCCAGGCCCUCCACCGUCCCCCGCCUAUCAGCCAUACCCCCCAGAGAGACCAGGUAUAAAUCCCUACAGCGGCAAUGACUGUAACAUGACUUAUCCACAACCUGCUCUCCAAAUGUAUUAUAGUCCUCAAUGCAAUAAUGGGAACGGAGCUCCUAGUCAACCUACUGCAUCAUGGAACAAUGGUGCUCCAAGCAAUAAUAGUGCUCCACUAGUCACUCUUCAGUAUCCUGCCACUCCAACCCCUCCGCAGAAUCUUUGUGCGAAUGUGCCAUACGCAAUGUAUAACGGCAAUGGGUAUGGGAUGAGACUAGGAGGAUGUUACCAGUAUCCUGGUGCCAAUGUUCCAUCAAAUCCCCUUGGUAAUCCUCAACCAGGAAUACCUUUACCUCACCUGUACAGACCGCCAAAUUUACCGGUUGGAAGAGGUAAUGGUCCAAGAGGAUCUCCUGGUAUGAAAGAUAUGAACGACUUUGGUGCUCAUAUGCCUGUCUACGGACUCAGAGUCAUGCCAGGAAAUGCUAAUCGUUUAUCUUUUGCUCUGUCAUCAAAUGGCGUAAAACCUGUUCCUGCCCAUCACAUGCGUAAACCGAGGCCAAAUUCUACAAGACCACUUCUGAUGACAACUCAGCCUACUCAUCAACAAAACUUUUCUCAUACAGGAUACCUGAUGAGUACCGUUGCACCUUGAUGAAAAUUCUAAGCUUGUUUUCUGUGUGUACCAGCACAAAAAUAUUUGUUGGAAAAAAUCAAAGUAAAUGUUUUAUUUUGCAGCUUACGUUUUUUAGUUGGACUCCAAUUUGAUCAGAAAAGUAAAAUAAAUGUUUAUUCUACUAAUUUUGCGGAAGAAGUUUUUUCAUUAAUAUGAAUGACAGGUCAUUAAAAUAUCAUGGUAGCAUACAAGUUAUCUUAGUAGUCAAAAACCGCUAUGUUAAGCAUGAAUACUUGAAAUUUAAAAAUUGUUAAUGUUUUGAAGUGUUUAUGAAUAUUGAGUUAAUAAGAGAGGAUUACAUAUUUAAUGUUAUUGUUUUUUAUAUUAUGUAUUCUGAAUAACGAAACGAGCAUUACCUACUGUUAUCAACUAGAAUUGGUUAUUGAACCUGUAAAAUCUUUUAAAUGUAUAAGAGCAAUAUAUUAUAUUAAUCGAU